CGUGCGGUUUCGUCGCUCUUUCGUUUCAUCGUUGGACUUCCGAAACGCCUCUGCUGAGUCAGCACAAACGACUGCAUAAGAACAUGUCCGCCCCAGAUGCCGCAGCCCCCGGCGCUCCAGGAGCCCCCGGGGCAGACGGAGCCCCGGGAGGUGCGCCCCCCGCGCCGCCCAACACCUCCAGCAACCGCAGGCUGCAGCAGACGCAGGCCCAAGUCGAGGAGGUGGUGGACAUCAUGAGAGUGAACGUGGACAAGGUUCUGGAGAGGGACCAGAAGCUCUCAGAGCUGGAUGACAGAGCGGACGCUCUCCAAGCGGGGGCGUCCCAGUUCGAAAGCUGCGCGGCCAAGCUCAAGAACAAGUACUGGUGGAAGAACUGCAAGAUGAUGAUCAUGAUGGGCAUCAUUGGAGUCAUCAUGCUGGGAAUAAUAUUCUUGUACUUCUUCUAUUGAGCUUCGGCAAUCAUGAGGAACAAAUAUGGACUCGAGAACGUUGAUGAGAUGGAUGACCGACAAGCGAGUACAACAAAAAAAAACAAUCCUCCCUUUUCAACCAUCCUCUCCUGAUCUCCGACUGGUCUCGUCUGUUUUUCUUUGUCCUAUUUUUGUCUCUUUUUUUGUGAACUCUGUUCUUGCCUUGCUCAUCCUCGUCCUUCCGCCUGUGUUUUCGACUUAAGCCCCGCUUGGGUUCAUCGUUGCUCGUGUAUUAUUGAGGGAAGCGCAGCUGUUAGAAGAAGGAAAGGCAAAGGAGGGAGAAGACCAUUUUCGUUGAGGGCACUAGUGGAACAACUGUGUCUUACUACUGCUGUUUUUUUCCACUCCUGCGUAGCAUUUCUGCACAGUAGCAGGACAAACUCUCCUUAUAACUGUCUUACUAGCCAGACAAAUUUGUGUACCCGUUGACAACUGUAUGAAAUAUUAGUGCUACUAUCAGUGAGAUAACAUUAUGCCAGUUAGCAUCUAGUGCAGGGGUGUCAAACUAAUUUUUGUCGAGGGCCACAUUAUUCUUAUGGUUUCCCUCGGAGGGCCAUUAUGACUGUGAAACCCUAAAAAUAUUGAAUCGUCUCAUCAUAUUUAUAUCAAUUUAUGAACUAUUUCUGGGAUGAGAAAUCAAGGGUAAUCAGUUUUUCAACUAUUUUUCAUGUUUGGUCAUUCAAAAAUUCUUGUAAUUUCAAUGUUAUCAUUUAUGGAAUUUGACAAUUUGUAAUUUUGGUCCAGAUUUUCACAAAAACUGUGGAAGUUGACACACUAGAUAUGCCUUAGCGAGCCACAUAAAAUCACGUGGGGGGGGGGGGGGAGACAUGGCCCCCGGGCCUUGAGUUUGACACCCGUGAUCUAGCGCAUCACUUUUAGUGCUGAAAGUAAAAUGUACUUCUACUCCUAGUGUACCAUAGUUAUUUUGCUAAUGUGCUGAACUGACAUACUAUUGAGUAAAAACAGCGUACUACUGGUAAUUGGACCUCAAACAUUUGAGCAUUUGCUCUAUCCAGUACUACUGAAUAAUCCUUCACAUGUCUAAUUUGAGCUAGUAGUGUUACUACAACACCACCGAAGUUUACAAUAAGGUUUAACUGCAUACCAGUGGGCCAAAAGAGGCUCAAGUAAUGAAAAAAAAGUUACUAGUAAGACAUUCAAGUCAUUCAACUAGUGUGCCUCAAUUAUUCUACUGCGGUCUAUUGAAUUGUCAUACUAGUGAGGGCAAAAAGUGUACUAGUAUGCGGACCCUUGGAUGGAUAAUGAACUGCUGCUAAAACGGCUUUCCAAACGUGUUCCUUUCAGGUCCGCCAAUUUCAAGACUAACUCGGCUCCAUUCGGAAAACGAUGAGACGAACGAACGGAGCUUUGUCAUUUCGACUUUUGUCGGUGAUUGGAAGGAUUCAAACGCGUUAGU